AUGGCAGCCUUGACGUGCUUGCACACGUUUCGUAGUUACGGUUUGAACAAAUUAUCAUUUCCGCUUAGUUUACUUGCUAAACAACUUUUAAGCAGCUGUAAUACACAAUUAGUGAAGCACAAAAUACCUAAAUUAACAAUGUCUUUCACGACUGUGGAAUGCGGUGCUCCCAAUUCAACCGACUUUAAAAUUUACUUCAAAAAUGAAGAAACAGCAAUCUCACCUAUGCACGACAUUCCUCUUUAUGCAAAUGAAGCCAAUAAAGUAUUUCAUAUGGUGGUUGAAGUGCCAAGAUGGACCAAUGCUAAAAUGGAAAUAAAUUUAAAAGAACCUUUGAAUCCUAUUAAACAGGAUAUUAAAAAUGGAAAGCUUCGUUUCGUCGCUAAUUGCUUCCCUCAUCACGGGUAUAUUUGGAAUUAUGGAGCUUUGCCCCAGACUUGGGAGAAUCCAGAAGUAUUAGACGAAGCUACUGGAUUCAAAGGAGAUAAUGAUCCAAUUGAUGUACUUGAAAUUGGAUACCGGGUGGCUCAAAGAGGUGACGUAUUGAAAGUAAAAGUUUUAGGAACUGUAGCUCUUAUCGAUGAAGGUGAAACUGAUUGGAAAGUUAUAGUAAUCGACGUUAAUGAUCCACUUGCUGAACAAAUGAAUGAUAUUGCCGACGUUGAUAAAUUCUAUCCAGGCUUGUUAAAAGCAACAAUCGAAUGGUUUAAGAUUUAUAAAAUUCCUGACGGUAAACCAGAAAACCAAUUUGCUUUUAAUGGUGAGGCGAAGCCCCGUGAUUUCGCAUUGCACAUUAUUGAAGAGGUACACGAGCAUUGGAAAAAUCUAAUCAGUCGUGAUAAAGGUAGCCCAUUUAAAAUUGAUGUGAGUGCUGCUGAGGAAAUUUUAAAAAAUGCACCUGAACCAUGCGAAUCUCAAAGUUUAGAGCCCGUUGUUGAUAAGUGGCAUUACGUGCAUCUCAAGUGA